GCUCCAGCACGGCGCGGUGCUUCCCUCUUUGGCAGAGGUUGGAUUGGAUGAUGCUCAGAGGUCCCUUCCAGGCCUGACGACCCUGUGAUCCUGCGGUGUGUGCGGCCGUGCUCCCGCAUGCCUGCGGCCCAAGAAAAAAAUGGGGGGAAAGCUGCUGGGACUGUCUGUGGACAAGAUGGCUGCCAGCCCUGCCAACAAGAUGGCUGCCCCAAGGACAGGGCUCCAGGGGAACAAGGGAGCUGUGGGAUCAGACCUCUCCUGCCUCACAGCAGAUGGAGCUUACGUGAAACAAACAGGCGGAGAAGCUGUGGAACCACUGCACAAAGCGAGACUGGGGCACUGGAGGAGCACAUGAGGAGAAAGCCACAAGGGCUACCUGCAAUUCCCAGCAUGAUGAGUUUGUUCCUGAAUGGAUCCUCAGAAACUGAAUCCAUCAGCUGCAGGCCCGCUUCUGGUGAGUUCACAGUUUCAUCAUUGCUCCUGGAAGUCUGUCACCUCCUCCUCCAUAACCAUUGUUCCCACCUCCGUUGAUCUAACAUCCUUUCAGAAGCACCAAGUGGAGGAGGACUGCAAGCUCCAAACUCAGGGCAGUACUCAGAACAUCACAGUGCAGGCAGCAGUGUAAGACUGGAAACAUCUGGGCUGAAUGGACUUUAGCAUCAAAAGAAGUUCUCAACUGUUAACUCAAAAAAUUAACUACAUCAAAAUGAAGCAGGUACCAGAGAUCCUUGGAAAUACCAAUGGGAAACCUCAGAAUUGUGAAGUGAAUCGUGAAUGUUCUGUCUACUUGGGCAAAGCACAACUUUCUGCCACUCUACAGGAAGGUGUCAUGCAAAAAUAUAAUGGCCAUGAGACUCUUCCAUUUAUUCCAGCAGAUAAAUUGAAAGAUCUGACCUCUCGGGUGUUUAAUGGCGAGUCCGGGGCCCAAGAUGCCAAGCUGCGCUUUGAACCUCAGGAAAUAAAGGGAGUUGGAACACCCCCCAGCACUACUCCUAUCAAGAAUGGCUCUCCAGAAAUAAAGCUGAAAAUCACUAAAACCUACAUGAAUGGGAAGCCUCUUUUCGAAUCCUCCAUUUGUGGAGACAAUGGUGCAGAUGUGUCUCAGUCGGAGGAAAAUGAACAAAAGCCAGCAAACAAAGAGAGGAGAAGCAGAAAAAGAAGCAUAAAAUAUGACUCCUUACUUGAGCAGGGUCUUGUUGAAACAGCGUUAGUAUCAAAGACUUCAAGCACCACUGAAAAGAAGGCUCCUGCUAAGAGAGAUGCAACUCAAAGUACCAUCAAAGAGGAAAAAAUCCAUCUGUUGAAGUAUAAUAUAGGAGAUCUAGUGUGGUCAAAAGUGUCUGGUUUCCCCUGGUGGCCAUGUAUGGUUUCUGCUGAUCCUGUUCUCCAUGCCUACACUAAGCUAAAAGGACAGAAAAAGAGUUUUCGUCAAUAUCAUGUUCAGUUUUUUGGAGAUGCCCCAGAGAGAGCCUGGAUAUUUGAGAAGAGCCUGGUGCCUUUCAAAGAAAAAGAUCAGUUUGAACAAUUAUGCCAAGAGAGCGCAAGACAAGCCCUCACUAAAGCAGAGAAAAUAAAGAUGCUAAAGCCCGUGUCAGGGAAGCUGCGGCCGCAGUGGGAGAUGGGCGUGAAGCAAGCCAGUGAAGCCGUGGCCAUGACAGUGGAGGAACGCAAGGCCAAAUACACCUUCAUCUAUAUCAGGGACAGACCUCAUCUUAAUCCUCGAGUGGCAAAGGAGGUUGGCAUUGCUGUGGAACCCUUGGAGGAGAUGGAUGAGUCAUCCUACUCAAAUGAAGAAACCACUCCAAAUCUGAAAUCGAUGAAGGAGUCUGACAUUCCUAGCAAGAGGAGGAGAAGGACAUCAAAACUGUCUGCCACUGAUGAUAUGCAAGAGAGCAGUCAGUUGGAGGAUAAGAAUACCACUCCUCAAAAGUCAUCUGAACAGGCAGAAUCCAAAAGAGGGAUAGGCUCCCCUCUCAAUAGAAAGAAAACUCCAGCAUCUACUCCACGAAGCAGAAAGGGCGAUGCAGUAUCUCAGUUUUUGGUCUUUUGUCAGAAGUACAGAGAUGAGGUGGUUGCUGAACAUCCAGAUGCUUCAAGUGAGGAGAUUGAAGAACUGCUCGAAUCGCAGUGGAACAUGCUUAGUGAAAAACAGAAAGCUCGCUAUAACACAAAGUUUGCCAUAGUGACCUCUCCCAAAUCUGAAGAAGACUCUGGUAAUUUACAUGGAAAUAAAAGAAACCAAAAAAAGAGGACAAAGGAGCCUACAGAAGAUUUUGAAGUUCAGGAAGCACCUAGGAAAAGACUCAGGAUGGAUAAACAGAAUAAUCGGAAGAGGGAGACAAGCAAUGACAAAACAGCAAAAACAAACUCUUCUAAGGUCACAGAAACCUCCUCUUCACAAAAGAACCAGUCAGCAACGAAAAAUCUGUCUGAUGCAUGUAAACCUCUGAAGAAGCGAAAUCGGGCUUCAGCAGCAGAAUCUUCAACUCUUGCUUUUAGCAAGAGUUCAUCUCCUUCAGCUUCCUUAACUGAGAAUGAGAUCUCUGAUGGCCAAGGAGAUGAGCGCUCAGAGUCCCCCUAUGAAAGUGCUGAUGAGACUCAGACUGAAGUGUCUAUAUCAUCCAAAAAAUCUGAGCGAGGAGCGGGAACAAAAAAAGAAUAUGUGUGUCAGCUGUGUGAAAAAACAGGUGAUCUCCUGCUGUGUGAAGGACUUUGCUAUCGAGCUUUUCAUGUAAGCUGCCUUGGGCUCUCUGGAAGACCAGCAGGAAAAUUCAUUUGUAGUGAAUGUACAUCAGGUGUGCACACCUGUUUCGUGUGUAAGGAGAGAAAGGCAGAUGUGAAACGCUGUGUGGUGUCUCACUGUGGAAAAUUCUACCACGAAGCUUGUGUGAAAAAAUUUCAUCUCACUGUGUUUGAGAACAGGGGGUUUCGAUGUCCUCUCCACAGCUGCCUCAGUUGUCAUGUUAGUAACCCCUCACAUCCACGAAUUUCAAAAGGGAAGAUGAUGCGCUGCGUGCGCUGCCCCGUUGCGUACCACGCCGGGGACGUUUGCAUUGCCGCGGGAUGCGCCGUCAUCGCCUCCAACAGCAUCGUCUGCACCAACCACUUCACUGCCAUGAAGGGGAAAAGCCACCACGCCCAUGUCAAUGUCAGCUGGUGCUUUGUGUGCUCCAAAGGUGGAAGUUUGCUGUGCUGCGAGUCCUGCCCAGCAGCCUUUCACCCUGACUGCUUAAACAUCGAAAUGCCAGAUGGGAGCUGGUACUGCAAUGACUGCAGGGCGGGCAAGAAGCUCCAUUUCCAGGAUAUUAUUUGGGUUAAACUGGGAAAUUACAGAUGGUGGCCUGCAGAAGUUUGCCAUCCGAAAAACGUUCCCCCAAAUAUCCAGAAAAUGAAGCAUGAAAUCGGAGAAUUUCCUGUGUUUUUCUUUGGUUCUAAGGAUUACUAUUGGACGCACCAAGCACGGGUGUUCCCUUACAUGGAGGGAGACAGAGGGAGUAGAUACCAAGGGAUCAAAGGAAUUGGAAAAGUCUUCAAAAAUGCUUUGCAAGAAGCUGAAACUCGAUUUCGAGAAAUAAAGCUGCAGCGAGAAGCCAAAGAAACCCAGGAGAGUGAACGUAAACCUCCACCAUACAAACAUAUUAAGGUGAAUAAACCUUGUGGUAAAGUGCAGAUAUACACUGCUGACAUAUCUGAGAUUCCCAAGUGCAACUGCAAACCCACGGAUGAAAACCCUUGUGGCUUUGAUUCCGAGUGCCUCAAUCGGAUGCUGAUGUACGAGUGCCACCCACAAGUUUGUCCGGCGGGAGAGCGGUGCCAGAACCAGUGCUUUACGAAGCGCCAGUACCCCGAGACAAAGAUCAUCAAAACUGAUGGCAAAGGCUGGGGUCUGGUUGCCAAGAGGGACAUUAAAAAGGGGGAGUUUGUGAAUGAAUAUGUGGGAGAGCUGAUUGAUGAAGAGGAAUGUAUGGCAAGAAUCAAAUAUGCACAUGAAAAUGACAUCACCCACUUCUAUAUGCUUACUAUUGAUAAGGACCGUAUUAUUGAUGCUGGCCCCAAAGGAAACUAUUCUCGGUUUAUGAAUCACAGCUGCCAACCAAAUUGUGAAACUCUAAAGUGGACAGUGAAUGGAGACACUCGUGUCGGGCUCUUUGCUGUGUGUGACAUUCCUGCAGGGACAGAGCUGACUUUUAAUUACAACCUUGACUGUCUGGGCAAUGAAAAAACAGUCUGCAAAUGUGGUGCCCCAAACUGCAGUGGAUUUCUUGGGGACAGACCAAAGAAUUCUUCCACUAAUGCCUCAGAAGAAAAAGGCAAAAAGACCAAAAAGAGAACACGGAGACGCAGAACGAAAAAUGAAGGGAAGAAAGAAUCUGAAGAUGAUUGUUUCCGUUGUGGUGAUGGAGGCCAGCUGGUGUUGUGUGACAGGAAAUCUUGUACUAAAGCUUAUCAUCUCUCCUGCCUUGGUUUGGUGAAACGUCCUUUUGGGAAAUGGGAGUGUCCUUGGCACCACUGUGAUGUUUGUGGCAAACCUUCUGUUUCUUUCUGCCACUUCUGCCCAAACUCUUUCUGCAAGGAGCACCAAGAUAGGACAGUACUAAAUUCCAUGUUGAAUGGACAGUUAUGCUGCUCUGAACAUGUUCUCGGGGUGGAUUCUGUUGAAACUCAGAAGACUGAAAAACCCCGCAAAAAACUGAACAAGUUCAAGCCCAGGAGAAGGAGGAACAGAUGGAUGAGAGCUGAAUGCAAAUAGUCAUGGACUGCAGUUUCUACUGCUAACACUAUCUUGUAGAUAAGUUGUGAAUAUGACCAGGGAAGGACACAAUUUUACGUAUAUUCUGUAAAGGUUACAAUGGGGGGGGAUUUUUUUGUUUUGUUUUAUAAAUCCACUGAGCCAACCACAGCAGUCUUCUGCUGCUUCUGCACUGAUAACGAACUGCAUAGUUCAUCAAACUUCAGGACAAACCAAACUUGUUACUCAGCAUUACAGUUACACUUGAAUUGUUACGAAUGUAAAAUGUUCCCUCCAAAAUACUUGCAGGUUGGAGGUAGGUUAAAUCAAACCAGGUAGGCGUAAACAUAGUUUUCUGAGAUAGUAUUUGUCAACCAACAGAUGUUUAAAAUAGUAUAUCCUUGAAAGAAGUUGUUAGUUCUCAAGUCCUUUUGAGUAAGAAAUGGCUUGGUCUGUGGUCCCAAUGAGAUUUGCUUGCCUUGUGUGUUUUUGAGCAAGUGCUUGAAUGCCAGCCAUGACCCAGGUGUGUCUCUCGCUACAACCACACACAACAAUUGGUUUGUGCUCUUCAAAAAUGAUUCUUAAGCAAUCAUGAUCAUAAAUAUUCUUCCACCAAGAAAUGUGGUGCGUGGUGGGAAAGGCACACCCUGUACCAGAGAGGAGGAAUCUUCCUUAGAGAUUUUUUUCUAUACUGUUUUUUCCUAUAUUUCAUCCCAACAAAACAAGAAUUUACUUCAUCUUGCAGAGCUGUACAGGUCUGGACUUAAAGGGAUAUUGUCUUGCAAUCUAGGCCCAAUACACUAGGAUUUUUGUGUUUUAAUAAAAAUAAAUCUUACAAAAGCUAUUAUUUGGAAAAAAUUACGUGAUUUUUUUUUUUUUUCCCCUCAAUGGCAGGUAAAAUGCAGAGGCAAACUUUUCUUUGGAAUGCUUGGAGUCCAAGCAUUUCAACUUUGUGAUAAUGCAAGAAAUACCCAACAAGGAACAAGACCACACCCACGAAUGAAACAGAAAGUGCAAAAACUAAACUAAAAACAAUUAAGUAAAAGUGAAAUAGAUUUUUGAAGAAGCAUGGAAGAAUUUUGAUGUGAAAUUUAGCCUUACUCUGUUCCUUUGGAUAAAGUUUGUAUAAAACUGGCUUCUUGACAGACUGAAAUUUUUUGUUAGUUUUUUAGGAGCUCUGCUCUUGACUGUCCUGUCACCACUGUGUCGUGUCAGCAAAGCUGUUUUGAAUUCCUCACUCCCAUUAGCAUUAGGUCCUCACUAACUCACAAGGAGAUGAAUAUACAAGACUUAGUAUUGAUGGAAAUAAUACUAGAACUAGGAAAAAACGGUAAAGAAAAACAUCUUUGCCAGUUUUCUCCCCAGUGCAUGUCCCUGGCAGGACCAGGCAGCAUUCCAAGCACAUUUUGAGUUGUGCCAUUGUGACCCACCCUCCGUAAGCACCACGUGCACCUCCAUGUCCACUGAGCCAUUUGUGUAUGUUCUAGCUUAGUUAAUAGUGCAGGAACUCUGUGUAGCCCUUUUGAAAAUGAAGCCUUGCUAUAUCAUGGAAGUGUAUGGUUUUUGUUUUUUUACCAAGGCAUUUCUUCAGAUUUGAUAUAGUUCUUGGAAUUACCAAAACCCCCAUUUAUUCCCAAUAUGUAAAAACUUUGGCUUUAUUAGAAGAUAUUAAUUGAAAGAGGUUAUAAAUGUUGCAUUGCCCUCUGCUGAACACUUUGGUUUCUGUUUUGUUACCAAAAUGCUUUUUUGAAUCAGUUUUUAUAAACACUGUUGGAAGGUUCUUUUUUUUUUUUUUUUUUAAAUAUUUUUUAAGAAAUAGCACAGUUCUAAAUCAGGGGAAGCGUUACAUGUUUGCAUUUUUUUAAAAUGGUAUGCCAAGCCUUGCACUUAAGUUAAAAGUCAAUAUUCUUUAAUUGAUUUUGAGGGAAACUUUUUCUCUGCCAUGGGGCUGAAGAACAGUCCCAUGCAUAAAAUCAAAACCAAGAAAUGAUAUUAUGGAUGUUUCUUUAAUAAGGGGUUUCAAGGGAAGGAAAAUGAGGUCAGGUAGUAAAGCAGAAAUAUUUUCCUCAUUGCUUUAAAACAAAAUGAAGGAAUUUGAUGUCAUUGGGACCAUUCUUUGAAUACUAUACCAUGUAAGGAAGGCUUUGUAAGAAUACCUUUAAAUAAGUUAUUAUAAAAUUUUUCCUUUACA